AUGGGCGAGGAGGAGGGCGGGGAGGGAGCACACGGGGCGGACACCUCCGCAACGAGCUCGGAGUUGGUCGUGGCGCUGCGACAGCUCCGUGCGGACGUGUGGGCAUUGAGCGGCCCCGAAGGCCGGCAGGCCACCUGCCCCGCGCCCGAAGCGGUGUCGCCGCAGGCGGAAGCACCCGUUUUGCCCCUCGACACGGGCGAGGACGAGACCUUGCCAGCCACCAACGACCAAGGGAACCGCACAAGGAAUGAUGAGCAGGGAAGGGAGGUGGAGGGGGACGACGCGGACGUCUCGGGGCAAUGGGGAGACCUGUGCGGGCGCCUGGAGCAAUUGCAGGUGAAGGAAACAUUGAGUCAGGCGGAUCGAAAGUUCCUCCAGCGGACGAUUUUGGAGCAAGAGGCCAUGCUCACGGAGCUUGUCAGCAUCGUGGAGGAAGUCGCCCGGCGGGAGGAAGCGGCGGAGGCUUGCCGGAUCCGUUUGAUCAUGGAAAAUUCUCGGUUGCGAGCCCUGGUCGUAUGGAAGGACCGGCUG